CCCUCAAACCACCUCCAAAAGCCCCCAGACUCCUCCUCCCCACCCCCCCGAAGACCACAACUUCCCCCUGCCGGACCCAAAUAACCCCCCGAAGUCCCUGCAGGACCCCAAAAUCCCCUGCAAGACCCCUUCCAGAACCCCCAACCUCUCUCCCAGAUGCCCCCUCAGAUCCUCCCCAGAACCUUCUCGACUCCCCCAGGAUGCCAAAAUCACUCCAAGGACCCAAUAACUCCCUAAGAUCCCCCCAAGAACCCCUCAGGACCCCAAUUACCUCCCAAAAUCCCCCCUCCAGAUCCCCCCAAAAUCUGUCCAAGGACCCCAAAAUCCUCCAGGAACUCCCUAGCACCCAAUAAGCCCCCAAAUCCCCCUCCCAAACCCCCAAUAUCCCCCCCAAAUCCCCCUUCAACGACUCCAGUAACCCUCCAAAACCACCCCCCCCCCCGCGAUUCCCGAGCCACCUCUCCCCGCCCUGAAGAUCCCAAGAUUCCUCCCUGGACCCAAAUAACUCCCUCCAAAUCCCCCGCGAGCACCCCAAUAACGCCCUUCUCCCUCUCCCCAGGACCCCCCACCAUGACCUGCGAGCCCCCCGCCCCUCUCUGGGCCCCCCUGCCGCCCCCCCACCGCCUCGUGUCCCUCGCCCGCGCGUGGCUGGACGAGGACCUGCCCUGGCCCGACGCCACCGUGGGGGUCGCGGGGGACGCCCCGACCCGCGCCCACCUCCUCAGCAAGGGCGGGGGCGGCCCGGGGGGCGUCCUGGCGGGGGCCCCCUUCGCCGAGGCCGUGUUCGGGGUGUCGGGGUGCCGCGUCACCUGGAGGGUCCCCGAGGGGGGGUCGCUGCCCCCCGGGCGGGCGCUGGUGGCCGAGGUGGAGGGUCCGGCCGGGGGAGUCCUGACGGGGGAGAGGGUCGCCCUUAAUAUUUUGGGGCGCUGCAGCGGGGUCGCCUCGAUGGCCGCGAGGGCCGUGGGGGUGGCUCGGGGACAGGGGUGGGGGGGGGUCGUGGCGGGCACCCGAAAAACCACCCCCGGCUUCCGACUGGCGGAGAAAUACGCGCUGGGGGUGGGGGGCGCCGACCCCCACCGGGGAGGAUUGGGGGGGGGGCUCCUCCUGCUCAAGGACAAUCACCGAGCGCUGGCGGCGGCGGCGGGGGGGCUCGAGAAGAUGGUUUUGGGGGUGCGCCGGGCCGGGGGAUUCACCCGCCGGGUGGGGGUCGAGUGCUCCAACGCAGCCGAGGCGCUGGAGGCCGCGGGGGCGGGGGCCGACAUCGUCCUCCUGGACAACCUCUCCCCCCAGGAGCUGCACUCGGCGGCAGCGCAGGUCAAGGCUGCGCACCCCAGGGUGACGGUGGAGGCCAGCGGGGGGGUCGUUUUGGGGACCCUCCCCCAGUUUUUGGGGCCCCACAUCGACGUGGUGUCCAUGGGGUGUCUGACUCACAGCGCCCCCGCCCUGGACUUCGCGUUGCGGGUGCUGGAACCCUAAAAUCCAUCCCUGGGCCCCGGAAAGCCACCCUGGGACCCCCUAAAUCCCCCCCUGGGAGGGGGACCCCGAAAUCCGGCAGUGGGUCUUCCCAGCCACCAGGGGGCGCCAACGGCUGAGGACCCCCCCCCGCCCCAAUAUCCAGGGGAUCCCAAAAUCCAUCCUGGGGCCUCCCUAAACACAUGCUUGGACCCCACAUCUUCACCUUGGGGUCUCCCUUACCCAGAGAGGACCCCAAUGCCCAUCCUGGCGUCCCCAGGGUCCCCCCAAACUCUUCCCCCCUCCAGGGGUGACCCUGGAUCUCAAUCCUGGAGUCUCCUCACCCCCCUUUUCUCUCUGUACCCCCAAAUAAACCCCUCCCACACCUCC